AUGACAAAGAAAUCUGUUGUUUAUACAGACUCAACUCGUGGAAGAGGCGAUUUUGACGAAGGAUUUCCACAAAUUGAACGCAUUAACUUUGUUGCUAGUGAUGCAACAGAAAAAGCUAAAGCUAAAGCCCUUGAACAAGAAAUAGAAAGAGAAAGAGCCAUAAAAAAGCACGCUGAAGAGAGAGCUCAAAAGGAAAGAGUUGCUGCAUUUAAGAAAAUCGUUAGGAAGCGCGUUCACAAAACUCAGCAACCAGAAAAAGCAACACGCGCAUCUUCAAGUGCAGUUCCUAAUUAA